GUGUCAAUGGGGACGCUAGUCAUGGGGUUAGGGCGUAACUGUCAUCUACGUCUGGUGUUUGUCCCUUGGUGGUGUGAUCGAUGUGAGCGAGUGUGGUGCGGCGUGGUGUGGGUGUCAUCCGUGCAUCGGGUUUUUGGUGUGUUUUUUCCCGCCAGUGUUCGGUUUAUUUGUGUGGCUGUUUGUCGUAAGAGCUGGGAAUGACACUGCAGUGACUGAACGCAGAAAUGCGAACAUGAACAGAAACACACAGAUCUUUCAUCAACGGUCAACAACGGUCGGAUCGAUAUCGGCGAUGUCCCCGAAGACAGAAAGCAUGAAGGGCGGCGAAUGGCUGGCACACCUGACGCCGCAAACAAAGGCCCUGUUCUUGCCCCGCAAGGUCCAGAAGUAAGCGGCAGAGAACCGAGCAGAAUCACAAUUUGAUGCUUCACAUUCCCGUGCGUGUCUUGGUCAGGUUUAAGGAGCUCCGCCUUCACUUCGACGAGGACCACCUGAGUGUGGAGGUGGACACAGUGUUCCGCGACACAUAUGAUUUGUUUGUCAACUACCUGGCGAAGGCUGAUAUUGACACCUUCACGUGAGCCCCCCCUGCCACCCCUCUGCGGGCGCCGUGAAUGCCCUCUCUCUGCUGUGCACACAGGUCCCCGCGGUGGCGGAUGGUGGCUCAGUACCUGUUGUCUCUCCAACACCUGGCUGCGACACUCAACAUCCAACUCUCUGACCGGUCAGUGACUCACUGACAGUCGGUGUUGGUCGGCUGACCGUUGGUGUAUGCUCUCUUGUGUCUGUAUUCUCGUUGUGUGCAGUCGGUAUAGGGAGUACUACAACAUCGGUCAUCUGGACGCCUUCGCGUGGCUCACUCUGCGACACGCAUGCAAAGUACGAAUGGAAAAACCACCACAUGAUGCUCCAAAAUGGGGGAACAAGAGACGCACGUUGGUGGGAUGAAGGCAUGGCUCUGUGUGUGUGUGUGUGUGUCAUCUCAUGCAGAUUGUGUUGCUGCGGCACUCGUUGGGAGACCGGGUCACACAGACAGCCCGACUGAUGACACUUCAGUACACACACACACACACACAUGCAACAGGUCUCCAUUUCUGUCUGCAUGCCUGGAGGUGAGUCUGUGUUGUCUUGAUGAUUCACGUGCAGGCAUCGUCUACUGACCAAGGCCCUGCAGCUGUACUAUGAGCGGCAUGACCUAAAGACCGCCCACCAGCUGCUCGCUGCACUCAAGUACUUCGACGACGCAUACAGGUGCCGUUCCGCAGUAUUCAGGGCUUCUCUGGAUGCGCAUGAGUAUCGGUGUGGGCGUGCAGCACUUUUGAGAGUGCCAUCCUGGAUGCCACGGACAAGAUGUGCCAGGGCAUGUCUCACCGGCUCAUCGAGCUCAUCGACGCGGCCAGGGCCAUCGAGGAGGCCGCCAAGUGCCCCACAGGAGACACCUUCAUUGCGCUACACGAGGCCAGGUACCUCGCUGCGCUCUCGCAGGUAGGCGGGUGAAUGAGUGAGUAGAUGACACUGGCACGAACACAGAACGAAGGAGGCCGACAACGGUCUGUGUGCGUGGUGCAUGAAUCAUGCGUGUAGGUUGCUUCAUUGACGACACUCUAUCUAGUCGACGAGUGGGGCACAGACGACGGUGUCGUCCGGCCUUCCAACCCGCCGUCGACGGAGUUUUCCCAGAGGGACCUGAUGCUUUUCCGAAAGAACCUCACACACCCGUGCGUUAUUGUGCCCACCCCCCCACCGACAACGUGUGUGUCCCUCGAUCGCGAGUCUUUUGUUCUUUCUCGCAGGUUGCCCGGUAUUCGGUACCUGAUGAAAAAGGCGCUGAGGUAUUACGACGGUCUGCGUCGUCUGCUGCUGAAACUUAUGGAGCCACACGAGAAGGACCAGUCGCACCUACUCUACUUACAAGUACGCGCCUACACAGACAUUCUAUCUUUCAUCCAGACGUUUUUGUUUCAAUGCUCACUCGUGUAGAUAAGCCGCAAUGGGCUGCUAGUAGCCACCAUAUCCAAGCUUAGUUGGGCUUGGUGAGGAAGGCACACACUCGUGGGGCCCUCGCGCCAUUAUCGCCAGACUGUCUCAUGUGUGUGUAUUACCCACCCAUAAAAUGCAGGUUUCACGCUCGCAAUUGGCUUCAGUCCGAUCGCAUGGAAGACAUCGCCAAACUGCAGGCAGGCAAGAGAGGAAGGGCUUGCUUGUGAAAGCCUCUUAUAGAUCCCCAGAGGGAUGACGUGUGAGGCUUGUCUUCCCGGCAGGAGCUGGUUGCAUAUGACACCGCGGCGCUGCGGACCACAAUCAAAGAGGAGGGCGAGCGCGCCGCGCAGAUCUAUCUGGCGCGUCUAGUUGUGUUUGACGAGUUGAUGAGUCACGACAGCAGCCGAGACAACGAGGGAGGGACAACAGCCCUCCCUCAGUUGUGUGGGCCGGCUCUGUCGUCGAAGGAAGACGGAGACAUGCCAUCGUUCCGCAUCACGUGGAGCCAGACAAGCGAUUGCCUGCGGUGGAUGUCCCGCAUCCCGGACCUGCUACGCUCGUGUGCUGGCCGGCUGCACUGUCCGCAUUGGGGGCAGCGGUUCUGCCUCAUGACCAGACUCAGGAGCCAGCUGAGAGAAAGGUGGUUUCUCACAAAGUCGAAACUGUAGCGGCCAUUGCGCUUUGGUCGUGGUCUUUGUUCGCAGGUAUGGCCACCACAUUCGGCGAGCGUUUGCCCGCAUAGACAUCAACCGGGAUAGGGACCUAACGGAAGAGGAGAUCAGGGACGCGUUCUCGCUAUGGAAUCUGUCUUUUGACCGACGCGAGAUUCACAUCAUCUUUGGUAGGCUCUCAGUGCUCGCAGCACUAGCUGUCUCUGUCUGCGUGUGUAUGUCCGUAUGUCAGAGAUCAUCGAUGUGGACAAGAGUGGCACCAUCAACCCAGACGAGCUCCUCGAAAUGUUUCUAAAUGAUGAGGAAAUGACGAGUCGCAUCAACCGCAUGUGUGAGAGCUGCCUCAAUCUCGACUUGGGUCCCCCCAGACAUCCAGAAGAGAGCUUUCUGCUAUCAUGCAGAAGAGCGCUGCAUCUCGCAGACGCCAAGAUGCCCUCACUGGUAUCCUCGACCUCGUUCGGCUUCGAUGAAAGCACUGACGCCAUUGGAGACGUGGCUCCGACGCAAGACAAUGAAGACGAGGCCAGCCCAACACAUGAACGGUUGGAACAGACAGAGACACGCAAGAAGGAAGGCAUAGAGAGCGGUGGAUGUGACUGCGCUCCUAACUCUGUAGGUGGUCUAAGCAAGCGAGAUGGAGGAUGCGCAAGCAGGCCCUUAAGGGUCAGACGGUGCUAGAAUCGACCGCGAUGGUCAAUGAGAACCAGACCUACCCCCUGGUUGCCGACUUCAUACCUUUCAACAUCUGCGCAUUCGCCAACCACGUAAUGUACUUUCCGUCUUUGUACUGACAUGCGCUGGCACACCCUGUCAUACCUGCAGUUGUUGCUGAGUUUGGAUUACUGGUGGGGUCUGAGCAGGUAAUGUGUCCAAACUGUCCGCAGAAUCCAAACUGUUCGCAGGAUUGCUGGUGCAUUACUGCAGAAUCGCCCUGUCCGCAUUGGUCGAGGAGGUGGAGCGCAGCAGCCGGAACACGUCCCAACAGACGGCAUUCAAAGACAUCGAUAGCGACACACACCUCCUGGAGCCACCCAACAUCCAGCAGCUCACCAAGACCAAAUCGCAGAAGAGCCUCCACUCACCGCCUCCGUCGCCCCAAGGCAAGCACCUGCUGCCCGAUCAUUCGCCGGGAUCGUUAAAGCGGGGCGCCACCAAAGGCCUCCUCGUGCGGCAGGGGACUCGUACGAUCAAGAAGGGAGGCAUGAAGAAAGGCUUGGCAGCUGGAGCGGCUACCAAGAGCUCGCGCGGGAGCGAGAGGGAGAGAGACGGUGGCGAGGAGGGACUGGCGUCGGAGAGGACUGUGGGCUCUGACGAAAUGGACGGCAUGGUCGGUUUGGAGGUGUCGAGGACGGAGCAGAGGAUGUUCGAAGGAGGAGGGUGGCAGAAGGGAGAUCGGAAUAUGCUCAGCCUGCUGGUGAAUGAGCAAGUGCAUCAAUGAGUGAGGAGACAGCACACCUGCCCCCAUUUGUGUGUGGUGUCUCCUUCGAUCAGGAUGUCCUCUUCCCUGCUGACAUCCCGUGCUCUUCAUCCCAUUCCAGUUUUGAGCCUACAGAUCCGCUGCUCUACGACCCCAAAUCAAGGUGUCACUUGCGAACCCAGCUGACAUGUCAGAGCACCGCCAAGUCACCCCAGGCAGCCGCCCUGGGGGCUGCCGAUUUGACUCUUCAGUCACCCUCAAGAUUCCUGUCGAGAAGAUCAUGUGAGAAGAUCAUGGCGAGACGCAGACCCCAUUUCAUCUGUGUCUUUGUGUGUCCGUGACUUCAGCCCUGGCUCGGUCCAGCGGGCGGCACUCACGUGCGACAUCCAUAUCGAUCGCAGACGAAGCGUCCAGAGAACAAGUGAGUGAGUCAGUGCGACGCAAGUACAUGUGGAUACGUCUGUCGGCUGGGCCCUUCACUUUUGGGCACGUUCUCGCAUCUCAGCUACCGUCGAUCGGUUUGGGCUCCCGUCGAUCUUCAGCUCCGAUUUCCCUGACGCCCUCGUCCUUCCUUCGCCGGCGGCUGUCCACGCCGCAGCACGACGCACUCCGGCCUGCCACAUCGCCUGCCCGCCGAAUCCUCCGCGCUGUGAGCUUCUCGCAUCGGCUCUACGAGGGAUCAGCCUCUUCAUCCAGCCUGUCGGAUGCAGAUUACGGUCUCCCGCGCCAUGUGAGUGCGCGAGAGCUCACUCGUCUCGAAGUGCCCAAGCCAGAGCUGUCAUUUCCCUCGCCCCUUUCCUCCUCUGUACCGUCGCUUCCUUCGUCCCAACGGCCGGUGUCAGGACAACGUGUCGAUGUUUGUGAAGGUGGUCUGGAGCCGCCAAAGCUGACGAUGGAGAGACACGUGUCGACCGCACCAAGCAAGUCGCCUCAAAGUGGCGAGACAGAGCUGCUACUGCCAAUUGUCCGGCGAGAAAGGCCGCAGACGGCCGAUGUCUUGCCGUCGUUUCACAUGAAAGCCGAUCUGCCCUCGCCGUCCGCCCAUGCAAGUCCUCUACGCCGAGUACCGUCCCUCGCGCCGACACAGCCUUCCAAUCCAUAUGCAACGCCACCAAUGCCAUCGCCGACGCAACAGCAACCAGAGGGGAUGAUUGAUCCACAGACACGGCGCAUGUCUCAACUUUUGAGUGACGGGGCAACGAGGAGAGAAGAAGUUGCGCCCGUGCGUCAUGCGACUGUCGGGAGGCUGAUGAGGAUGUCUCGGACACGAAGCGGCAUGCCGACUAAGGUGCCGGCAGCUGAUAAGAAGGCCGUUGUGUCAGCAGGCCCUGCGAGCCCACCUGCUUUAUAUGCGCCCCUUCCCAUCCACCAAGCCGCCCACAUGUCUUCCUUGCCCAGUGCAGACGUCUCUCAGAUGACCACCUCUGUCGACCUAAGGCAGUCCGUCCGGCACUUGCCCUUUCUCAACACGACCGCCUCCCUUCCAUCAUCGCUUGGAAAUGAUCGAGGGAGCAACGUCUGUGUGGCGUCGGUUGUGACUCCCGCCAAGCUGUGGGCUGGGGUGCAAGGACGGCAAAGGAAGGGGCUUGUGCACUGAUUGGGGGAUAGGUCAUAGAUGAUGUAUCUUGGCCAUGUAUGUGUGCGAGACAAGUAUGCGACGUUGAGACUACUUAUCAUGUCGAGGAAUGGCCCUUUGGAGCAAGAAUGAAUCGCAUGAAUGAAC